AUGGUGGGUCGUGUCUACAUCUCCGACCCCAAGGAACGUACUCGCGUAGCAGCCACCCGAGUUCGGUGCCUACGAGUAGCCUUGGCCAAUGAGAUUGCGCCAGAAGAGGAGCCGUUGGUGAAGGAGCUCACCGAAGAUGAAACCGAGCCCGAAAUGCCCUUGAAGUUGAGCCGGACCCCAGAAGGUCGGUUUGUCGCGCGGCUGCCCUUUCUACCUGGCCCUAUGCCAGCCAACAACUUCUUCUCUGCCAAACAUCGGCAUGAUCGACUGCAGUCCCGUCUAGAGCGCCACGACAUGACCAAGGAGUACGAGUCCAAUCUGAUGGAGUACGUAAAGAAUGGACACGCCGCGCCGGUCGACUCUGAAGUGCCUUGGACAGAGGAAGCCUUCUACCUGCCACACCGCGAAGUGAUCAAAGAGGGAAGCUCGACCACACGCUUCCGAAUCGUCUUCGAUGCCAGUGCCAACUCCCCCUCACUGAACGAGCGACUCUUCAAAGGAAAUGCAGAGCAACUCAACCUUGCGGCCAACUUGAUGAGCUUUCGGAAGCAUCCAGUGGCCGUAAUUGCCGACAUAAGUAAGGCAUUUUUGCAGAUCGAGAUUGUGCCUGAGCACCGAAAGUAUCUACGUUUCCUCUGGAAAACCGAGGAGGGACUGAAAAUCUUCGAGAUGUGCCGGCUCCCUUUCGGUUUGGUGUCCAGCCCUGCUAUACUGAUGACCGCUAUCCAGCAGCUGAUUGAGGAGCACUCAACCAGUCAUCCGUUCAGUGCUAACCUCCUUCGAGACGCUUUUUACAUGGACGACUUGGUCCUCAGUGUGCCAUCACCAGAAGACGCCAGGCAGUUGCGAACGGAGGCGAUGGAAAUCUUUGCCAGUGCGGGAUUUACACUCGCAAAGUGGGAUACCAACGUGCCCGAGCUUCAACAAGAGUGGAACGGGCAAAAGAGUGCAGUUUUAGCGAAAGUGCUCGGCACUAUGUGGAAUCAAGCAAGCGACACUCUUUCCGUGCGAAACCCAACAGUGCCCGAGCUUGGAAAGGUCACGCCGCGAGAGAUGAUGAAGUUCAUCGGUUCAGUGUUUGACGUGCUUGGCCUCCUAGAGCCGGUGAAGUUGAGUCUAAAGAAAAUGGCUCGAGCUGCCAUCGUUCAGAAGAUUCCUUGGGAUGAAACUGUCUUGGCUAGCGAAUUCCGCGCGUUUCUCAAACGGUUCAGUGACCUAGCGCAAAUCCAAGUACCGCGCCAUGUACCCCCUCCGACAGCAGUAUCCUUCUUCUCGGAUGCAUCAGAGGAUGGCCUCGGCUACGUGAUCUACUUCACCGACUCCCACCAGCAAAACUACUUCGUCUACGGAAAGAGCAGAUUGGCGCCACUGAAACCUCGAACGAUGCCCGAGCUAGAAUUAGCCGCGCUCACUGAAGCCGUCGAGCAGCUACCAUCUCUGUGCCGGCUGUUUGAUUUAACCGGUGUGCCCCUCUUCUUCUGGUCAGACUCAUCGAUCACUCUGCACCGACUCGACAGUAAUCUGAAUCGUCAUGGGAGCUACGUCGCCAAUCGUUUGGUCCGCAUUCACCGAGUUUGCGAGAGCUACCCGAGCAACUUUCGCUACGUGCCCACAAAGAUCAACCCGGCAGAUGUUUACUCGCGUCCUAAGACUGUGCGCCAACUCCUCAAAGAAGCACCAUCAGACUUUCGGGUGGAGCUGGACGAACUAGUGGAGCGGACCGAAACCAUGCAACUCCCUAAGUUAUUCCUUUCGUGCCCUGUUCGGUCGACCGCCCAGUCCUUGGUCGACCUCGAUGGUUUUGAGCGCAUUGGAGAAUGGUCAAAACUGGUUCGAGUGGCCAGACGAGUGUUGCAGUUUCGCUACGCCUUAGAGAAGCGUCCAGAACCGCCCUCCGUGCAAGACGCCUUGUCGUACGUGUACCGGAGCAUUCAACAACAGUGCCUGGGGGAGCUGCCGCAAGUUAAGUUACCCACAGAAACGGACAAUCAGGGCAUCAUCCGAAUUCGCACCCGAGUCGCUGAUUACCGCCCUAUCUGGUUGCCAAAGAGCUCACGCAUCGCUGAAAUGGUCGUUCGCCAUGCGCACGCCCAGACCGGACAUCACAUGCGACGCCGGUUCACCAAAGCGCUGAUCAACGAGCGAUACUACAUUCCACGGGUGAACCAGAUCAUCGACCGAGUCCUGAAGUACUGUGUCCCGUGCCAGAAAGCCCGCCGCCGACAUGUCGUGCAACCAGUCGGAGACCUACCGGCCUUUCGAACUCGAGAGUUCUUACCUUUCGAGUGUGUCGGCAUCGACUAUUUGGGCCCAAUGCAGAUCAACGACGGAACGAAGCGAUGGGUGCUCCUGGUCACCUGUUCGGUGUCACGCGCAAUUCACCUGGAGGUGGUGUCGGACCUAUCAUCGGCCUCGUGCUUGGCUGCAUUGAACUGCGUGUUCAACUAUCGCGGUUACCCUCGUGUCGUCUUCAGUGAUAACGGCACUAACUUCACCGCUGCGGAACAGGACUUAAAGAAGCUGCGCAAGGCCACUCAAAAAGCGAAAGAUCAAAUCUACGAGUUUGGCAUCACUUGGUACUUUAACCCGCCCAGAGCUAGCUGGUGGGGCGGACUGUUUGAACGAAUGGUCGGCGUAGUGAAAAACGGCCUACGGAAGGUCGCUGGACCCAAAACUGACACCCAACUGCGCUACCUGCUCGCAGAGCUAAUGGCCGUUGUGAACUCGCGUCCACUCUUCUCUAGUGACAGCGAGCGAGACCCUGUAAUUACUCCUGGACAUUACCUCAUUGGACGGAGCUACAAAAGUGUGCCCCAAGGACCUGGAGUGCUGAACUCCUUCCGAGCGCUCAACCAGGUGAAAAAGUGGCGACAACGGUUCAUCCGCUACUGGCGCAGCGAGUACCUACAACAAUUGGGACUCCACUACAAGCAGGUCAAGAAGACGGACAUCAAUCCCGGUGACCUGGUGCUGAUGGUCGACGACAACGAUGAGAUCUGGAAAUUGGCCCGCAUUGAAGCGGUAGACCGUGGACCGGAUGGAGUC